GAUUUUUGUAACAGGACCCGACUUUGUAUACGUUUUCAUUCGUUCGUUUUUUCAUAUAUUUUUCAGUUUUUGGGCUUAAAGCGUUGGCAGGGCCAUAUAACAAGAACUAAUGUAAUAAUCGGAUCAAAUUACCUGUGACAAAAUAGCGCCGAGAGAAUAGAGAUUCGCAAGCAAAAUAGCCAGAGGGCUUGCUGGCUGUUACUGACAAAUCAGAAAUUCAAAAUGGAUGGCAAGUACUUUGUGUUGUUCAUAUUUGUUUGUUUUCCGUGGGAAAGUUUGGGGAAAAGAAUUGUCAAACGACAUGGAGAGGAAAACCAUGGCUGUGAUGACGGAAAAUACGGGAUUUCAAUUGAUUUACAUGGAGAUAGUGAUUACAAAUGUUACGAAAAUUCGCCAUGGAAAGCAGACACAAUUGGACGAUUUGAUCCUAGGUGUUAUAUGACAGAAUCAGCAUAUCAUGUCUGUAUAGACAAGACUAUUGAUGACUUAUACGAAAGUAAUAUCCCUCAUAGUGGACCACAUAGAAAAGUAUGGGGACAAUACGGUGAAUAUAACUAUAUCCCACCAGGGAGAUAUGUCCAUAACUUAGAACACGGUGGGGUUGUGUUUAUGUAUCACCCAUGCGCACCACAAGAGGGUAUCAAUCAACUGAGACAAUUAGCCACGUCAUGUUUAUAUAGAUAUAUCCUCACUGCAUUUCCAAAACUUACAAAGAAAUAUCCAUUUGCUGUUCUCACUUAUGGUUGCAUUUUCCGCAUGUCGAAAAUUGAGCCAAAUAAUAUCAGACGCUGGAUAAGAGGUCGUUUAGGUUUAAGCCCUGAGUCCAAUGUAUAUGGAAAUGGGGAAUAUAAUUUUGGUCUGCUUGUUCCUUCUAUUGAACCUACAAAUUUCGAAGUCACGAAUUCAACGUUUUGUCCGGACGUUUCUACUCAAAGUUUACCACAUGAAGAAGAUGUUCAUGAAUCGGACUCAGAUAUCGUUAAAGAUAGAAAAGAUUAUAAUCAAGCAAGAAUAUUUCAACAUGAUGAAUCAGAUAUCCGAAAAACAGAGUCAGUUGUCGACAAGAAUUAUUUUGUAGAUACGUCUGAUUCCAAUCAAGAAGGAAUAUUUCAUCACCAUGGAUCAAGUACUCUAAAAACGGACUCAGUUUUUAAUAACAAUUAUUUAGAAGAUAUUUCUCCUCCAAACCCAACUGCUCGAAAUAGCUACGCAUAUGAAGAUUCUAAUUUUCCAAAAAUGGACUCAAAUAAUUUCAAAGAAACGCCUAUUUUUCACAAUCAAGAGGGCACAUUUCCUCAUGAAUCUGGGACUUUAGUAGAAUCACCAGGAGUAUUUGAAAGUAAAGAUAUGACUAAUCCUAGUCUUAUCAAUCAGGAAAGAAUAUUUCCGCAUGAAUCUGAGACGAUCUCCGAAGAAUCAUCUGAAAUAUCUCCGAGUAAAGAAAUGACUAAUCCUAGUUUUUUCGAUCAGGAAAGAAUAUUUCCGCAUGAAUUCACGACCCGCACGACACUUAGAAUGAUUUUAGAAGAAGCUUCACCUACUGAGUUAACAACACCUGGAACCAUUUUAGAAGAACAGCACGAAGCAUAUGAAGCUUUAUCUACUGAUUUACCGACAUACGAAGCGUCGUUGCCAGAAAAUACGCAAAAUCCUACUUUUUCACAUAUUGAAGUGCUGACUGCGGUAGAAGCUAAGUUUCAAACUUCUCUCAUUGAAGACCAAAAUAAAAGUAAAAAUAAUUAUACCCCUGAAGUACAAAUUGUAGAAUCGAAAAACACGUUUUUCUGGAUUAUAGCAUCAUUUCUCUGCUUUGCAUUAGGAGCUAUUCUCGGCAUCACAGCAACAUGUUGCUGUCAAAAGAAUAGGGGUGAAAUAACGGUGCCAGUGAGAGCAUGGAGUGAAAAAAACAGUGCCGAUUCGUUCAGUAUUGCGGCCGUGGUGCGAAAAAUUCCUGCCAGUUUUGGAUCCUCAGGAAGACACAAUACUGAUGAAUAUCGAAGACUGGAAGCAAAUGAAUUGUCAUCUGAUGAUGACAAUAACACUGUGUGAAUUGUAGGAAUGCAACUAUUAAUUACAUUGUCAUUUUGGCCUGUGACUGACAAUUUAUUUUUUUUUUUAAUUUGCCCAAACAAAGUUUACAUACUCUCACAGAAAUGAAGAAGACUGAUCUCCUUGAGAAGUUAAUUAAGGGUGUAUUUAUGUAUGAUAAUGGCAAAUUAGUUUAUUUUUAAGGAAUUUUCCCCAAGCUGGGGUCAUGGUUACCUUCUCAGUAAUGGAAAAUACUCGUUUCUGAGUGAAGUUAUAUACAAUAAUACAACCACUGAAAGAAAUUAUCCAAGAGCCACUGAGAUUAUUUGUGAGUACCUAUGGCCACGAGAUCUAGAUUUGGGAAUUAUAUAUUUAUCUCGGGGGAGAGAAAAGCCGAUAAAGAUGGCUUAAUCAUAUGAGAUACCAUGACCUCUUGUCCGAUUUGUUAGCCAUUUAUUUGUUUCAGAUGCAUGUACUAAAUUCCAAAUAUCUGUAAAUUCGCUUAAUCUCUUUAAUUGUAGGCAUUCAUUUCAUAGGCAAAUUUCUUUUAAAAUAAGUUGUCACCAAAUAGUAUAUGGCCCAUUUUAACUUACGGUAGUUUCAUUAUAGUAAAAUUCCUUGAAUAUUAGGAUUUACACUUUCCGUUGAGAUUCUGACUAGCGCACAACAUUCAACUUUCAUUUGUGCACCUAUUUACUGGGGUUUCCAUUAAUAAUUAUAUGGUAGCUUUUGACUUAGUUUCAUUCUGGUGAGUAGAAUUUUCACUUUUCGUUGAGAUGAGAUUCUGACUUGCACCCAACCUGCAGUGGUAAGAUGUAUUUAAUUUUCAUUUGUGCAUUACCGGUAGGUAUUCAAUGAGAAUAAUUAUAUGGUACCUUUUGACUUACCGUAGUUUCAUUUUGGUAAAAUUUACAGUUUUUGUUUGUACUUGAGUUUUCAUUGGACAAAGCAUCCAACUGGCAGUGGUAAAAUGUAUUUAACUGUCAUUUGUGCACUUAUUUAAUGAGGAUAAUUAUACAUGAUACCUUUUGACUUUGGAUUAUUUCUCCAUUGAUAUUUAUAUGGUACAGUUUACCUUAGUUUCAUCAGUGUAAAAUUUAUGGUCGUGGAUUUUGGUCUUAUUUUAUUUCUUUUAAAUUUUGUUUAAUGUAUGUUGUCAAGCUUUGUAGUUUCUCAGACAUGUCCAUUAUUAAGUCAUAUCAUAAUUCAAUCCAAGUGAAAAAAGUAUUCAACUGCUCUAUUAUUCACAGCUUUUUUUUACACAACUUCUGCUGUAAAGGAUUCAAGACAUGGUAGUGAUAGCAAGUUUCAUCCAUUUCCUAAUUUUUUUGUUGCAAUUAUUUUUAUACUGAACAUUGUUAAGUUUAUAUGAAACGUCAUAUAUGGUACAUUAUUACUCGUAUUUUUUGAAUACUGACGCAAUCCAGUCCUAACCUGGCUUCAUCGAGAGACUUUUAUGAAAUUGAUUCAAGCAGUGGCGAAUCUAGGUUGCCUUUUGGACAGGGGCACAUAGAGGGCAAAGUUUUAAUCGUAAAAUGUUUCAAUAAAAUAAUUUCAAAUUGAAAGUAAAAUGAUUAAAACUCAUAUUUUUACUUAAAUAAUACCGUACGAGUAUCCAAAUUCAACAACAGUUGUUUGUUGAAAAUCGUCAGUCAUCGAGCCCAAGGGCGCAUUUUUUAACUUUGCCAUGCGUGCCAUUUUAUGUAGAUAGGCCACUGGAUUCAAGAGUCAUACUACACACUGACACAAUUAUAUUUCUGUAACAUUUCGUCUGACCAGGGUCAGGCUUCCUCAGAUAUACAUAGUUCAAAUAUAUAUACGGUACAUGUUUUUCAACAAUAUAUCCUAAGUAAUUCAAGCGUUUUGCUGCACACUGACACAAUUAUAUUUCUGUAACGGUUCCAUUACAUUUGAACCCAUGACAAUUGCACCUAUAUGCUAUUGCACCUAUGGAAAUUUUUCGUUUCACGGAUAGUUAAACCCAUACUAACCCUAACCCAUGGGUUUUAGCACCCGCAUAUAGAUUGAACCCGUGGAUAUACGCAUGGGUUCAAAUGUACGGUCACCUUCUGUAACGCUUUAUCUGACCAAAGUCUGACCUUCUACGACAAGCAUAUUUCAACUAUUAUGUCAACAUGCCAAUAUUUUUGUUCAUGUAGUAUAUAUAAAUAACCUGCUUUCGUUUUUGAUUAUACAUAGUUAACUUUUCGACAAUAUGUCAAGAGUAUUAUUUUUUGAAAUUUUGAUUUGAUUGCACUUUCAAUCGAGGCUGCUUGCCAGACACGUGACAGAGCUUGCCAGCUGCUUAUCAUUUUUAAUUUCAUUCUGUUGCAAUUCACUUUACUUAUUUAAUUGUACAUGGUGGUGUACAUAGCUGAUUGUAUCUAUGUGCUUUAAAAACACACAGCUAGAUGAGAA